CAGCCUAGUCUUGCUUUUGCUCAAGAUUAUCUGGGAGAGGUGACAAGCACAUGCAGUGUGGGCGACACUGCGUCUUCGCCUCCUUUAAUUCCCCUCUCCCCUCCGAGUAGGGAUGAUAGGGGCCAGAGAAACGUCAUGACAGAAAUGGAAUAGCUGAAGGUCCCUUCUGGCGAUUACCUCGACCGUGAUCUUAUCAUUUGGUCUUUGAUUGGACGUCUGUGCUUUUUCUAAGGAGUAUCAGGCCAUAAUUUAUGGUCCGAAUAUUCAGCCAAUACUUUAUCUUUUACGAACGACACGUUCUUUCAAGGAAAAGAAACGUGGACUUGUCGUUAUGGCGAUCCCAGUUGGACAUACCCGACCUAAUCUCCCCCAACGUUAAAGCCGGUACAUCCAAGACUCACGACAUACUCGAGCCCGAAAGCAAUUACAUGAGCUCGCAGAACACGAUAAUGACAUCAAACCACCGUCACAAUAAAGUAAUACAUGUUCAAUACACACACAUUCGAAAUUAUCUCCUUCCCCUGCUUCAUCUACGGCCAGUGCUUCCACCACCCAGAAUAGCCAACCGCCCCUUCACCGACCAAACAAUCAAAACGACAGGGGCCAACGUAGGCUUAGGCCUUAAAGCACCCCAACAUAUUGUCUGCCUCGGUGAAACAAAGACAAUCUUGGCCGUCCGCAACACCACCGCAGGUUACGAAGCCCGACAAUCCAUCGGACCCUCCACGAAUCGACCCGGCAUCUACAAAGUCUAAAGGCUAGAAGGCUAGUUCUAUAAGCAUUCACCUUCGUGGAGUGAGUAAGGGUCUCCUAUGCCCCGAAACUGAGGGAAUCGGGACGACUUCGUCCAGAGCUCAAUUCGAGACUUACCUUGCUAGUAGUGAGGUGCACUCCUGAACACAGGUUUUAGAGUAGAAGAGUGACGAUACCUUCGCUGCGUUGCAUGAUCAGGACAGGACGA